AUGGUAGAUGUAUCUGACCCUUUCUUGUUAAACCGCGAAUAUACCUACGACCAGCGAUCGCCAACGCUUUCGCGCAGGCCAGACGAGCGUCAACCUGCGUACACCACGAAGUUGGAUGCCAAUGCAGACGCCAAGGCAGAUGCCAAGGCGGUGGUCAUGGCCACCGAUAUCUCCCGCGACUCGUCCAAGUCCGCCGGUGCGCAGAUGCGCUCGGCCCAGGCGCACAGCUUCUGGAGCAUGUACUAUCCCCUAGCGGCGCGCAUAAGACCCACACGGUACUUCACAGUGACCGACCUGGCGGGAGCUGUGGCCACUAUCCUGGCCACCGGAGUGGUCAUCCUGAGCCUGGUUAUGGUGACCACCGAUCUCCCUGGUGACGGAGUGCACCAAGUACUCGUCAGUGGCCACUUUGGUCGCGUCCAGGGACUCAGCCUCAAGGUUCUUGGUCACACGGAUGUGUACGCCUUCCUGGGGGUGCCGUACGCGCACCCUCCUCUCGGAGAGCUGCGAUUCCGGCGCACCUUCCUUGAAUACGACUUCGGCCAGGGUUCGGUGAUUGAUGCCACGGUGGCCAAGCCCGCGUGUGAGCAGAGGGCGCUUGACGACGAUCCGCUGUCGACUAUGUCCGAGGAUUGCCUGCACCUCAACAUCUGGACGACGUCGCGAGAGUGCCUCUCUCCUCAGUGCGCCAACAAGAGCGUACUUGUCUUUCUCCACGACGGUUCUUUCCAGACAGGCGGCAACAGAGACCCGCUAUACGACGGAAAGUAUUUGUGUGGCCUUGGCGACGUGGUUGUCGUGGUGCCCAAUUACCGCUUGGGCGCGCUGGGCUUCUUGAACAACGGCAGCUCCGCAGCUCCCGGCAACGUGGGCCUCUACGACCAGCUGUUAGCGCUUGAGUGGACGCGCUACAACAUCGGCAGGUUUGGCGGCAACAGCUCAAACUUGGUGCUAGUCGGCUACGGCUCCGGCGCAGCGGCCGCCGGCUAUCUGCUUGCUAGCCAGGCCACCAGCGCGCACGAAGCAGGCGUGGUGCCCAGACGUGUUAUCCUUAUGAGCGGAAGUCCUCUGACUAGAUAUCCCGACAACACUGAGACGGCGGGCCGGCGCGUGAUCGAGCAAGCCAAGAGGAUGCGCUGUCUGAACUCAGGCGAGCCGGACUUUAAGUGCAUGCUCGAUGCGAGUGCGUCGCUGAUCGUCCAGACGGCCGCACCUCCGCUCUUCUUCCCUUCUUUCACGGGGCUCAUUCCCUUCCCUCCCCGAGAGAUGCUGCAAAACGAAGAGGCGAGUAUUACAUCUGGCCCAGUGACAAUGCCUUGCCGAGGAUCGGCAUGCUUGAGUUCUCGGGUGGUCACUCCAUCUCCUUAG